AUGACGGCUCAAAUCCUUGCCUUGCUCAUUCCGAAAGGCCAAGGCUGGGUCACACUGAGUGGGUGGGGGGGCUCUGAAAGGAAGAGUGAGGGUGCUGUUGGUAAUUACACAGAGACCAGAGCCAAUGAGAAAAAACCACAAGCAGGAAGUCUCCACCCUAGCCCCCCACCAAAACCUCAAACUACUGCCCUGAAUGCCAAACUUGCCAAAAAGAACCCUCUUUUUUCUGCAAAACCCACACAUGACCUCAAACCCACCAAUCAGAGCCUUUCCUCAUCUGCCAAGGCUUCACAUGCCAGCAGUCAAAGGACCUCCAAAACGGAAGCAGGCCCCUCCUCCUCACAGCACCCAAUCAAAGUCUUGAUCUCUGAUGCCUGCAUCCAUAAAGACACAAGAAAGGUCAUUGUGAACUCCACCCAGGUGCAGGGCAAGGAACUGGACCUUGAGCGUGGUUCUCCCCUGGUUCUAACUCACCAGAUCAACCUGGUACCAGGGUCAUGUGGUGGUUGUGAGGCAGAAUUUGCCGCCCUACAAGAACGUCUGGAGCAGCUGGAGAGCGAGGUGUCAGCACUGAAGAGGAAGUGCAGUGGUGUUGAAGGUCCAAUAGCCUGCCUCUGCUGUCUUUUUCACUCUUCUGCUUUUUCCUUCACAGGUGCCAGCUGCCCACUUGGGUCAAUUGCAAAUGAGUGUCCAAAUGACUGCAGUGACCUGGGCAGGUGCGAGGAGGGAAAAUGCGUCUGCUUCUCAGGAUUCAGUGGGCCCGACUGCAGCUCUGCCACAUGCCAGCCUGACUGCAGUAUUACAGGAAAGUGUGUAGAUGGGCAGUGUGUGUGUGACGCCGGCUUCUCGGGACCUGACUGCUCCAUCAAAUCCUGUCCCGGUAAUUGUAACAACAAAGGACAGUGUGUGAAGGGGAGAUGUGUAUGUCGUCCAGGAUUCAUAGGCCCAGACUGCAGUACUGUUCUUUCUAGCAUUCCCCAGUUCAGGGCCACGGAUAUAACAGACUCUUCUGUCACUCUUUCCUGGGCCUCACCUUCUGUUCAGUACAGCACCUAUCACAUCACUUUCAAAAGCGAGAAAGAGGGAGAUGAAAAGAUAACAGCCAAAGUUGGGGGACGUCUCUCCAGCUUCAUCCAGACUGGAUUGGCUGCUGGUCAGAAGUACAAGGGGUCCAUUAGAGGGGAGAAAGCAGGGAAGAUGGGUCCAGAAAGUACCAUUGAGUUAACGACUUUCAUUUCUGGCCCAAAAAAUCUUCAUAUUGUCAAGACAAGUAGGACAUCUGUACUUAUCCAGUGGGAGUCCCCGUUGGGGGAUUUUGACGAGUACCAACUCACUAUUUCACCCAAUCAGACAGAAGGAAAGGGGGAAAAAAAGGAAAGCCAAGAAUCAACUCUAUCCCCUGAUGUAUAUGCUGCCAGAAUUGAUGGUUUGGAGGAGGGGCAUUCAUAUGAUAUCACUCUGGUGGCACAGAAGGGAAACAGCCGGAGCCAGCCAAUAAGAAUACAGGCCACGCCUGGCGAUGACAAAACAAUAUUUACCAAGGUGACUGUGGAAACUGUGACUGCGAAGGUGCCACCAGAAGGUGAUGUGAUCAAAGGAAAGAAGACACCUGACAAGACAAAACUAGAUAAAACCAUAUUCAUCAAGAAAAAUGAGGAGGGCACUGAGGUGGGUAGUGGCGGUAACUCAAGCAAAGUAAGUACUUACCAAGGCAGUGACCAAAGUUCCCAAACUAACAAAACUAGUAGUAGCACCAGAAAAACAGGGUCAACCCUUAGUUCUGUUGAGGUGCAGAACAUAACAUCCAGAGGGUUUGUCCUACUCUCACCUGGCUCAUCUUAUGAGGUCAGUGUGGUUUCUGUGCUUGGACUGGAGGAGAGUGACCCGAUCACAGGCCUUGUCAUUACAGUCCCUGACCCACCCACAGACCUUCGAGCUGUUAAUGUCACUGAUAACAAGGUGCUGUUGCGAUGGAGGCCUGCCCUGGCAACUGUUGAUCGGUACAUCAUCGUUUAUGGGUCUAAAACUGGUGAGAGUCAGCUAUCCAUUAGCGAUUUCAAGGUCUCAGGAAAUGCUGUUGAGCAACAGCUGAAGGGUCUGCUGAGUGGAACUCUAUAUACUGUCACAGUCACCAGUCAGCUAGACAGCCAACAGAGUGCUGGGACCACAACAACCUUCACCACAGCUGGAGCAGGUGGCUCAAAAGGGGAAGGGCCACAAGAACUGACAGUGAGUCAGGUGACCCCACGCUCUGCUGUGAUAUCAUGGAGGUUGCCUCGUACGGUGGUGACAGGCUACAAGCUGACAUACUAUAGAGCAGGACAGGAAAGAAAGGAAGUUGUGCUUGCCUCAACUGUGACCAAAUUCAAACUGGCUGAUUUACACCCUUCAUCAAGGUAUACUGUGCAAGUACAGGGAGAAAGGAGGGGACAGUAUACCAUUGCCAUCUCCACUGAGUUCACCACAGGCUCUCUGCGUUUCCCCUUCCCCACCGACUGCUCCCAGGAGCUGCUGAACGGGAUGCAGCACUCGGGGGAGACAAACAUCUUUCCUGCAGGAAAGCAGGGGAGGCCGAUGCGGGUCUACUGCGACAUGGAGACCGAUGGAGGGGGCUGGACGGUCUUCCAAAGGAGAAUGAAUGGGGAGGUCAGUUUCUUCAGAGCAUGGAGUGACUACAGCUAUGGCUUUGGCAACCUAAGUGGGGAAUUUUGGCUUGGAAAUGAGAAGCUCCACAGCCUCACCACCCUGAGACCCAUGGCCCUACGAGUGGACCUGCGCGCUGGGUCGGAGUCUGCCUACGCCCACUACUCCACCUUCUACGUGGGUGAUCACAGAAAGUACUACGCAGUCAGAGUGUCCGGGUACACAGGCACCGCUGGUGACUCCAUGAAAUACCACAACGGGCGACCCUUCUCCACUCGUGACAGAGACAACCACCUGUCCAUCACCCGCUGUGCCACAUCCUACAGAGGGGGCUGGUGGUACAAGAACUGCCAUGAGGCCAACCUCAAUGGCCUGUAUGGUGCCAGCACCAAGCACCAGGGUGUUAUCUGGACUGACUGGAAAGGAAAGGACUUCUCCAUCCCCUUCACUGAGAUGAAGCUCCGCCCCACCUAUUUCACUCCCCAGGCUCAGGGCUAGGCAUACAGACUGAGAGAGGGAGGGACCCUCCUGCACACA